AAGUUUUAAUUCGAAUCAUCGCCAAUGCUUAAUAACUUCCUCACAGCUCUCACUUGGAGAAAAUGUAAUUUAAUUUAAUAGCCAACAAUAAACAUCACUCAUCCAAGGAGAAAUAUCAGAAUAUUACAAACAUUUUAUUGGAAAUAUAAAUCGAAUCAUAGCGAUUUACAGAGACCCUCUCUCUCGCAGGUUUUAUAAAUAGCUUUGAGUUUUACUCAAUUCAAUCAGUCGACUUGGCGAAACCCUAGCUAAAACAUCGUCUUUAGAUCUAUAAAAGUAAGUGGCCGCAGAGAUGGCGGCGCGAACUUUGACCCUACUGCUGAUCCUUCUGGCUAGUGGAGUCAAUGGCCAGGAUGUCCCAUCACCGAUGUGCCGCCAGAACGAGCUCUGCACCACAGUGAAGCGCUGCGAAGAGUCGGAUGACUCCGGUCGUGACGGCAUUGCACCACGAGUGGCUAUACGCUUCUGCGGCGUGGGCCGAAUGUGUUGCGAGAAGGAGCAGCUUGACAGCUGGGAUGCAUUUCAGGCGGAGUCUAAAUCCUCAUCACUUACCACUGGCUGGAUCAAAAACAAGGUGAGUCGGAUACCGGGACCUGAACCCAACGAGAGCUGCGGCCUAAAUAUGGAGUGUGUCCCACGGAAACUAUGCCGCGACAAUGUCAUCAACGACAAUGGAUUCACCCUGAUAAAUCCCAGGAUUGGGAACACCAAGUGCUUCAGAUCCCUGUACCGCUGCUGUGAGGUUAGCCAGGAGGUCGACGACAGUGAAAGUCCUUAUGUGCAGAAGCAGAAGGACUUCAAGUACAGGAGCUGCGGCUGGAGCAACCCAAAGGGACUAAUUCCCGACGACGACAAAUUCAGCUAUGCAGAGGACGUGUCCAUCUUUGGCCAGUUCCCUUGGAUGGUGGGGAUUUUCACCGGACGCCAGAAGUUUCUUUGCGGCGGAACCCUAAUCCAUCCUCAGCUGGUGGUCACCAGUUCACACAACGUGGUCAACGAGACGGUGGACACCCUGGUGGCUCGUCUCGGUGAGUGGGAUUUGAACAGCGUGAACGAGCCGUAUAUCCACCAGAGCCGGCGUAUCAAGGAGAUCAUCAUGCAUCCCGAGUUCGACCCACAAGUGUUCUUCAAUGACAUUGCCCUCUUGCUGCUGGAUGAACCCGUCCAAUUAGCUCCUCACAUCCAGCCUCUGUGCCUGCCUCCGCCUCAGACGCCGCAACUGAUCAAUCAGCUGCUGUCCGCCAACUGCUUUGCCACAGGAUGGGGCUCUAAGGAUGCCAAAAGUGACAAGCUGGAGCAGGUGCUCAAGCGGAUCAAUCUGCCGCUGGUGGAACACAAAGAGUGUCAGGCAAAACUGCGUCUCACGCGUGUGGAGAAGCGCUUCCGGCUUCGUCCUAGCUUCAUCUGUGCCGGUGGCGAUCCUGGCAAAGAUACAUGCAAGGGAGAUGGUGGCUCACCGCUCUUCUGCAUGAUGCCUGGCGAACGGGACCGCUACCAGCUGGUGGGCAUUGUAUCCUGGGGCGUGGAGUGCGCCGAGGAUGACAUCCCGGGUGUGUACGCCAACGUGCCAUACCUCCGUGGUUGGCUUGAUGAGCAGAUCAAGGAACUGGGCCUCACACUAUAAUUUCAAUAAGGAAGUCUAUUAAAACAAUAUAAUAAUAUAAUAAUACGAAUAUUUUGAAGAU